ACAACCAGACGCCAUUUUCUGUCAUCGAAAAACUCCGAUUUGUCCAUUUUGUGCUGUGGUCCAGAGAUGAUUCCAUCAUGUUGAUUAAAACAAAAACCAAUAAUGAACAGAAAUAUGUCAAGAUCAGUGAACCAAGUCUGGAUGAAUUCUUGAAUUCUGCUUUUGUGAAGUUCUCCAUCCCACCCGUCAAUGAAGGCAUCAGAGUUUAUGAUGAAACAGGAACUGAGGUGGAUGCAGAUGUCUUUGCAGAAGUGGCACAGCUGCCCAAUGCUGGUGUAUUUACUAUUCAGUUUGACAAUGGUUCACAGGGGAACGCUUCAUCUGCCAGUCCACCAGUCCAAACCAAUUCAGCAUUGGCCCUUUCAUCAUCAACCAGCUCUGAUGAUACAAUCAUCCUGGAUUUGGACAGCGGUCCUUCCAGAAAACGGCAGAAGGUAAAUCAAGAUGCCAAACAAGUGGUUGAAUCAGCGUUGACCAAGAAACCCGGUGGAGAUCGUAUUACUAAGGAAUACAACCGGACAAAAGGCCUGACUGAUUCCUCGCGGCGACAGAUGGUUAACAUCCUUGCAGCAGAUAUGACUGAAACUUAUGGAGAAAUGUCCAUUAGGCCAAACAAAUGUAAAAAGAUUGAGCAAGACUUCAUCUUGCAGUUUGGAGAAGAUGUAGCUGCCAAGUUUUUGGAGAGGUGGCCUACAACAUUCAAGAAAAGGGUCAUCCAGCAGAGUAAGGCUCUCCCUUCCUCAGGCGACCUUGAAGAUCUGAUCUAUUGUGCAAAAGUUACAUCAAAUGAAGAGGAAAUGGAUAAUGACAUUAUUGCCUCUGGAUGGGACAGUGAUCUAUCUUCAAUCAUUCUCCUCCACCUGAUUCCUCCAACAGCCCAGGGGCAGAAAAGGCCAGGCAAGGUGUCUGCAUCCCAAGCUGAGAAGCACCUUGUCGUGUUCAAGAAGAGUGGAACAAGCAUCCAGGAAUACAUUGAUAUCAUCAACAGCACCACUCAACCCUAUCUACUUGCUGUUGGCAUGAAGAGGAGCGCAAUCCAUGAGUUCUUCAUCGUUCUGGACAAGCAGGUCAUACCAUGCAACUCAACCACUUCACUUGGAGCUUUUGAUGAACUUGUGAAGGCACACUUUGUAUUUGGGACUCAUACAAUCAGAUGCUCCACAACAUGUACUAGGGGUGUAAAGAUUCACCAAAUCCACGGUUCGGUUCAGACCUUGAUUUUUGAGCCACGGUUUGGUUCAUACCGCGGUUUUCCCCGUUUCCCCAUUUUGCAGAGAAACAGAGAGAGAGAGAUGUUAUCUGAUAUUACAUUAAGCGGAUACGGCAGAACUCUUACAUUACGGACUGUCACUGAACACAACACUGCAGAUGUCACUCACUAACGUUAGUUUCGGUUUGGACCCACAUGCACUUGAAAACUGAAUCACGGGUGAGUUUAUGAAAUGUACUGCUGAUGGAGAAAGUCAGCAGAGACACACACAGGGAGAGAGAGACAGAAAGAGGCGGAGCAAGCGGGCGUGUUUGCCGUGAGUGACCAGAGGUCCAGGCUAGGUGUGUGUGCUGUGUGUAAGUGUGGGGAGAAGAGAAAGGGAGCAGAUUAAAAUAGUAAAUAAACACUAAAAUAAGGUGGAAAAUGACCUAGAAUAACCUACUGUCAAUACAAAUACAAUAUAGGCCUAAUACCCCAUGGGCCGCCGCCACCGCCGCAGUUGUCUGCACUGUCUUAACGAGAGCUCAACAGUCCAGGGAGCGAGUGUGUCGCAGUUCUGUCUCUCGGAUCCGUGACACGAGACCGUGGACUUUUGUGUCACCAUUUCGGUCUCGGUUUCAGAACCGUUACAGCCCUAACAUGUACACCUUCAUACAGACAACUGUCUACGACAUUGAUUUGGGCCAAGUCCAGGAGAGCCCACGUGUUGCUGAGAUGAGGGCUAGACUUCUGCAUUCUACAGGCUAGUUCAUGCAUACACUGACAUAUGGAACAGGCAACAUAUUUUCUGUUAAUUUAUCAAUAAUGUUGUCUUGAGUUUUGGAUAUUGUGAGAUUUUCUUUGACCCAUUUCACCCAUUUUUAUAUCACACUUUAACAUCUUACUUGAUAUCAUGGAGGUUAUUUGUUUUGUUUGCCAGAUUCAUUUUGUGAGCACCAACAGUCUUGUGAGGCAUAUGCGAUUAAUACAUGGUUUAUAUCAGGGCAAAUCACUUCGCUUAAAAUGUGCUCAGGCAGGAUGCUGCCAGGUUUUUGGCACAUUUUCAGGCUUUAGGAAGCAUCUAAAUACAAAGCAUGCUGAUCAAAUUGAACUUGAAGUUGAAACUGACAUUGUAGACACUGAUGUUGCAGAUGAUGCUCAGUUGCCAAUUAGUGAAGAAGCUGCCAGUACGUCUCAAGUUCUGCCCGUAUCCAACACAAGUACUCAUGAUUUGUGUGCAUCUGCUAUUGCACAGCUUCAGGUUGCUGGUGUAAGCCAGUUUACUUUAAAUGGUUUUCUAUCAUCCAUGGAAGACGUCGUACUGGAGGUACAGAGUCAAGCAAAGCUGCAGCUUUAACAUUUCUAUCAUUACAGGAUACUAGUAUGAAAGCUAAAAUUGAACAAAGUUUUAAAAAACUUGAAAACCCUUUCACCUCAUUGAAUUCUGAAACAAAACAUAACAAGUACUUUCAACAAAAAUGGAAAACAGUUGAACCUGUCGAAAAAGUACUUUGUGUCAGAUUCGAAAAUAGAAGAAACAGAUGUACUGGAACUUAUGAUCAGGUUGUUGUAACUGACAAAUUUGCCUAUGUCCCAAUUCUAGAAACACUGCAGUCUAUUCUCAGAAAUCCAGACUUUGCAAAUAUGUUAACACCUACCCACAUUCCCAAAGAUGGUGUAUAUUUUGAUUUACAAGAUGGGUUGUAUAUGAAGAGACAUCCCCUUUUUGCACUGCAAAUUCAAUUAUUUUAUGAUGAUUUUGAGACUGUGAAUCCACUGGGAUUCCCACCAAAAUUAAAUUCGUCUUUAGUCAAUAUACAUUUGUGUGCACUUUUUAAUGCACAGGACAUUAAAACCUAUGGGUUUGACACCAUAUCUGAGCCAAUCGUCAGUGACUUGAAGGUGCUUGAAACUGGUGGGAUUACAGCUCCCAUGUUCAAAAGUCCUGUUCUUGGUAGCAUUGUGCAAGUCACAGGUGAUAAUCUUGGUAAACAUGGACUGUUUGGGUUUGUGGAAUCAUUCAGUGCUCAGAACUGCUGUGGUUUUUGUAUCAUAGAGAAAGGUGAUUUUCAAACUGUGUUCUGUGAAGAUGAAGAAAGUGUGAUAUUACGAACAAAAUACAUGCAUGCAGAACAUUGCUCUACUAUACAGACAAAUCCACAACUACCUCAUGUAUAUGGUGUGAAGCGUUCAUGUCUGUUGAACAGACUGCAGUUUUUCAACACAGCUAAUAAUUUCUCAGUUGAUAUCAUGCAUGACAUUUUAGAAGGAGUUGCACAGUUUGAGGUCAAACAUCUGUUGGAGUAUGUGCUGCUGAACUUUUUAACUGCUAAAGAAUUGGCUGGUAGAAUAGAGUCAUUUAACUAUGGCCACACUGAGAGGCGAAAUCGUCCUCCUGCAGUUAAGUUAUUUGAUGGAAGAAAUGAUUUGGGCCUGAAUGCUAUACAGUCCUGGUGUUUGUUGCGCAACAUGCCAUUGAUAUUUGGUGAUCCAUGGAGCCUGUCAUGGCAGCUCCUAUCAUUGUUGUAGUUUCAGUGUGUUUUCAGUCUGUUUUUUGCUAUUUUUAACUGUUUUCUUACUUUCUUACUACUUUGUUCACGUCGCCUAAAUACUUUUUGGGCGUUUUUGAGCACUUUUUAUUUUUUGUUUGCACGGGUCUCCAUGGCGACGGCGAGUUGCAUUGUUUACACCCGCGACCAGAUGAUCGCCCUGAGGUACCCUAGCAUCCUGACUGGAGAGAGACCCUCCAUACCCGAGGAGCUGAGGAGACGGCGAGGCUGCAGAGCGGGGGUUAAACGGAGGAUGAAGAAGAGGAGCUUUAAACCCUACAAACGUGGCUACACGAGCAGAUACCGGACUCCAACGUCACCAUUCCCGGCUUCCAGACGGUUCGAGCCGACAGGGACACCACUGCGUCUGGUGUGACAGUUUAACUGGAGUUGAAUUAACUGGUGAUACUGAGGCAGAUGUGUGUAGGCGUGGCUUCUUAGGACCCCUUAUUGCCGAACCAGGAAAUAAAGAUUCUGACUACUUCUAUGACAUUCAGUUGUUGGUGACUUUUAAAACACUGCAAUAGAAACUCUUUACUGGAACAAUAAUGUUGGUGUCUGCUCCUCACUACGGAACUAUUAUUCGCUGUCAUGGAGACAUUAACAGCUGCUGAUCGCUACCGUUGUUUCAGUUCUUUUCCCGAGUAUACAUCUAAGACUCCUUUGGAUAUCAUAUAUAGUAAUCAUACAAUAGGUUUACAAUACAUCUUAGAAACACUAACUAUUUAAAAUAAUUUAAACACACCAAAAUGAAAUUGUGUAGGCCUAUAAAGGCAACCACACGCUCGCACUGUUGUAAAACCACAUUAACGGAGUAGCUCGAGUUUGGAUUAACAAGUGAUAUUCUCCUGAGUGAGACUGGUUGAGAUGAUGAGCUCAAAGCUCGUAGUUUCUGAUGUGAUAAAAAAAAACCUUCACAAAAACGUCUCCACAAUGAAUAUUUAUGUAUUCCUCAGGAACCAGUAGGUUCUCAAAUCUGUAAGAGUAUAAAGUGAGGACUAUAGGGAAUGGUAAUGUAUGUGAUAACACUGAUAACGUCAAUAAAACGUCCAAAAUCCUCAUGUUA